AUGGGGAAGGAACACGAUGCAAAGCUGCAGAUGUGGAAAAGAGAUGUACAACAAAAUGAGUCUGCUUGUAUGUUGCUACAGGAAAUUAUUUCCAAACAACUGCCGCCAUUGGCAGAGGAUGACAUGGAACUGAAUCGUACUGUAGAUAUGAAUGAGGAAUCAAUGCAACAAUACACGUUUUAUAACAAGGACAUAUACAGUUACUGUUUGUCAAUUAUUACACCUAUAAUGGAACAGUUGAAUGAAUGCCAGACAACUGAGGACAUUUUAAAGGCAGCAAUGGAUGUGCUUAAAGGACAAGAAAUCCCUUAUUACAAGAUUGUUGGUGACAAUCUAGACUUUGAAGUCCAUGCUAGAGUGCAAAGCAAAUCCCACCAUAACCAGUCCAUCCACUGGACCCACCAGUAUGGCAUCAAAGAUAGAGUUGUAGAUCGAACAUUGGAGACAACCCGAAGUCAGAAGCCAGCUAAUAAAGUCCAGCUUUCAAGCCUGCUUCCAGAUGAAGCUACUUGUUUACGACUGCAAAAGCGAUGGGCUGUGCUUGUAAGCCGAGUUGUUACCACAUACCUAAAAGAAUUUCAGUUCCUCAACAACCACGCAUUAUGGCACAUUCUUCAUAAAUACUCAACUGAGAUGGCACAGAAGUCUGAAAUUUGCUCUCUUGACUUGGAGUUUGUGAAUGCAAACAUAUCUGGGGAAAUGGCACAACUCAUGAUUUCUAACCAAGAACGAUAUGUACCAACAAUUGUCAAUAAUAUAGGGAAUAAAGAAAUAAUUAGACCAGUUGCUAUGCACGGUGAUCAACUUUUUGAAGAACGGGCUAGGAACGUUCAGUGGACUUACAGAGUUGGUGACAACAAGUUUGAUCGAUUGGAGGGUAUUUGUGCAGAAUUUGCUGAUUGGCAUGCAAAGGUCACAUUGUACAAGAUUGAAUUUGAUAGAUUUGUGAAACACAGCUCUGCAGGUGAAUUAGGCACAACACGUUCAAGUCUGAACAGAACAGGGAAGACAACUGCUGCUCAAGGCAUUGAGAACAAGUACAAUGAGUACAAAGAGUUCAAUGACAGAGAGGUGGAGGCCCAUAUAUGUGCUGCAUUCAUGGAAAUGUCAGAUAUGGUUACCAUGGAAUACAUGAAAUAG